GGUCCGCACUCUGCGAUGUGCUAUCAUCAACGUCAGUAAACAAUCAAGAUAACCUAUAAGUUUUCGUGUCAACGGGGUUAGUUAACCGUGCAUGAAUUGUGAUGUUGAGAUUUUUAAAGUUUUAAUUAUUAUUUUGGUGCAAAAUGAAUGUCUCGGAACGAGCACUGAAAAUUAUGCGGCUGGCAAAUCCAAAUGUCGAGGGAGGUAAAUUCAGUCAAGCGAACAUCAUUUUGGAGUUCAAGGGUGAAAAUGAAAUAAAUAAAUCCAGAGUUGAAUCAAGACGCAAAAAGGCAGUUCCAAAUUUUGAUGAGUAUAUGAAAGAGAAUUAUGAACCAAUAAUUUCCUGUGAAACCAUGACAUCCCUGACGACUCCCGGAAAAAUUUUGCAGGAUGUUAACGAUUACAGCAUAUUUUCACAGAAAAACCAUCAAGCUAACAAACUGUGCAAUGUGCCUGUAGGUGAAAGUGAUAUGGAGAGGAUCCAAGGAAAUGAAAAAAAUCAUUUAUCUCCUUCAGAAGAGUCAUCAUUUUACAAAAACGUAGAGGUAUUACUGGUGGAACCUCAAGGAACUCCAGAACAAAAAUUGGCACAAUGUUUGAAAGAGAGCAGUCUCAGAAUUUCUCCCAAUGUCAGCAACCCUGCACAGGUAAUAAACUUACAUUAUUUCAUCAAAGAUUUAACUAAUCACUGUUUUGUCAAAUUUGAUUGAUAUUUUGAUGGUUGCAAGACAAAACUGUGCUGAAAGCAUCCUGGGACUCUAAUAAAUUAUGACAGUUCGUAGUAGCCUUCUCCUCUUAUUCUUACAAUUGCUGGAGUUUUCUGUAUAGAAUUGCUCAGAGAAAAAAACUUCAGUUACGUAGACUGAACUUGGGUUAUGU